AUGGACGACGAUUCAACGACGAUGCCCAAGGGCGUCGCAAUCUUUUCGGCCAUUAUAGGCUGGGCCUAUACAUUUCUCUGGACAGUCUCAUUCUAUCCGUUGCUUAUAAGCAACAUCCGUCGUCGCUCAACACACGGAGUCUCGGUCGACUUUUGCUUGCUAAACCUUCUUGGCAUGACCGCGUAUGCCAUCUACAACAUUACCAUGAGAUUUUCUCCCGUCGUCAGGCGACAAUAUGCAGCGCGCAACCCCCAAAAUCCAACCCCAAUAGUGCAGUCCAACGACGUCGCAUACGCGUUACACGGUCUGUUCAUCUCGGCCACCAUCUACUCUCAGUUCUAUCCGCGUCUCUGGGGAUUCGAUACUGCGAAACCGUCUCGAAUUAGCCCUUGGUGUAGCCUCGUGUUUUGGGGCUGUAUCAUUGCGGCCCUUGUAGGCGCGUUUGUUGCCAUUCUCGUACCAUACUCGCAAAGCUGGAUGUGGCUAGAUGUGAUCUACCUUGUUGGAAACAUCAAGACAUUUCUCACUCUCCUCAAGUAUAUACCGCAAACAUGGCUCAACUACAAGAGGAAGUCGACCCAAGGCUUGCCGCUCCUCCCAUUCGCGCUCGACAUUGCCGGCGCGUCGCUCUCUCUUCUGCAGUUGCUCAUUGACUCUGCAUACAGCAGUAAUCAACCAACGGCCUUGUCAAACCCGGUCAAACUCCUGCUUGCCUAUGUCACCAUUUGUUUUGAUCUCGUAUUCUUCUUCCAGCACUAUGUACUUUACAGAAAUGCGACAGACGAUGAUUUGCUGGGUGGAAGGCAUGCUGACGAAGAAGACCAUAGAUUAUUGGAAACGGAACUGCGAUAG